AUGGACAGAAAAUCGCCUGAUCCUGAAGCGCAGUUUGUCAGACUGCCAGAUGAAAAAGCCAACGAAGAACACACGGCGGAUGUGUCCGAAUACGAUGUCUUCUGGGAGGAACCAGCCAGUGAAGACCCCGAGAAUCCGAUGAACUGGAGCUCCGGGCGAAAAUGGACUAUCAUCGGAAUGGUAUCUUUCAUAACUUUCUUGACUCCCCUCGCCUCUUCGAUGUUUGCACCGGGCAUCAGACAAGUCCUCGAAGACUUCGGCUCAACAUCUAAUCUCCUCUCGUCUUUUGUCGUCUCGGUUUACAUCCUAGGAUUCGCCUUCGGUCCUCUGAUAGUCGCACCCGUCAGCGAGUACAGCGGCCGCACAUGGGUCUACAAUGUGUGCAAUGUCUUGUUCGUGGUAUUCAAUAUCGCCAGUGCGCUCGCUCCCAAUAUGGCGUCUUUGGUGGUUUUCCGAUUUCUCGAUGGGGUUGCGGGCGUCGCUGCCAUCACAUGUGGUAGUGGUACAAUUGCAGAUCUUGUUCCGAGAGAGAAACGGGGCCAGGCGAUGGCUAUCUGGUCUCUGGGACCCCUGUUCGGCCCAAUAAUUGGCCCCGUCGUGGGUGGGUUCCUUGUGGAAGCGACAAAUUGGCGAUGGGUGUUUUGGGUUCUUGCUAUCGCGGGCGGAGCCGCAUCCAUCGUCUUCUUUUUUGCCGUGCCUGAGACUUAUGCCCCGAUUCUACUUGAGCGGAAAGCUGCUCGGCUGCGAAGGUCAACAGGAGAUACGGCGUACAGAUCUCGUUUGGAUUCCGGAAUCCCUCCAAAACAGCUGUUCCUACGGAGUCUCAUUCGGCCAUCGAAAAUGCUUGUUCUGUCCCCAAUAGUGGCCUUAAUGUCCAGCUACAUUGCGGUUCUUUACGGCUUCCUCUACAUCCUCUUCACAACAUUCGCAAUUGUCUUUGAGGGUCAGUAUAAUUUCUCUGCCAGCGCGAGCGGCCUCUCAUUCCUAGGAAGCGGAGUGGGCAUGUUACUUGGUCUUGCCUACGUGGGGACGUUGAGUGAUCGCAAGAUCAGGAUCAAACUCGAGCGCAAGGAGACACCUAUCCCCGAAGACCGACUUCCUAUGUAUCUUACCAUACCUGGGUCAUUAGCCAUCCCGGCGGGCCUCUUUAUCUAUGGGUGGUCGACAGACACAGUGGUCCAUUGGAUCGUUCCCGAGAUUGGAAAUGCUGUUACUGGUUUCGGGAUGAUCAUUAUAUUGAUGUGCGUUCAGACAUAUCUGGUAGAUGCUUUCCUUGCACAUGCUGCCAGUGCUGUGGCUGCUUGUACUGUUCUGCGAAGCUUGCUUGGGGCUCUUCUCCCUCUGUGUGGAUUGCAAAUGUACGAAAAACUCGGCCUUGGGUGGGGAAAUAGUUUGCUGGCGUUCCUUGCUUUGGCAAUGGCCCCUAUACCGAUUUUGUUCCAAACUUGGGGAGAGAGGCUGCGGACGAAGUGGACUAUUAACCUAUAG